AUGUACCUGUCUGAGCUUGAGUUGGUGCAGAGCCAUGGUAUUCCCUCUGAAGAUAUCAUCUACAGCGGUGUUUGCAAACAAGUGUCCCAGAUUAAAUACGCUGCUAAAAACGGCAUUGACCUCUUGGUGUGUGAUAAUGAAGCCGAGCUGCGCAAGAUUACUCGCUACCACCCCAAUGCCAAGCUGCUGCUACAAGUUUCAACAGAAGCUUCCAGCCAGGGCGACGAGAUGAGCAUGGCGUUCGGCUGUUCCCUCAAGGACUGCAGGCGCCUGCUGGAGAAGGCCAAGGAGCUGGGGGUGCAGGUGGUGGGAGUCAGGUCUCACAUUUCCAGCUCCUGCGAGGAUGACCAGGUGUACGUUCAUGCCAUAUCUGACGCCCGCUGUGUCUUUGACAUGGGAGUAAGUAAAUAUAUUAUUGUAGUUGCGCUUUUCAGUCCUGUGACCAGCAUUUCAUUGCUUUGUAACACACACUGAUGUUUUGGACACUUG